AUGGCCGACCAACCGGACUGUGCAGCGACGCGUUCUGAUGACCAACCCUACUCGAAAGACGAACUCGUCGGUAUUAUCAUAGAGAAGCUCGACAAAUCCACAGAAGAAGAGACGCUGGAAUUUCACGAUGUCGACGUCUCGACGGCAUGGCAGACUAUUGACGAGCUAGAGCGUCGCGAAGAAGGAAGAGCACAUAGAACCACCUACGACUCGCUUCAAAAGAUCCUCAAACUCGUGAUCGCGCCAUGUCUAAUACACCAGGUUCACUUCCCUUGGUUCAGUGAUCAAAUCAAGCUGUAUUCAUCCUUAACUUCCAAGGAGAAGAGCGAUCUACGUAUUUUGCCGUCACCUAGGUUCGAAAACUUCCAGGCACCCUACACGGCCUCGCGCAAAGAACCUGACCAGUGCAUUUUGCCAGCUGGGAAGAGCCUUCCGACGGUGGUGAUAGAGAGUGGAUGGUCCGAGACCAAACCGCAAUUGUACAGGGACCGUGACCUAUGGCUGAGAGGAGGGGUUGGGAACAUACAGGUCGUGAUUAUAUUGAAAUGGAACGCUGAUUCGGGAGGGAAAGUGAAGGGGGUUAUUGAGGCAUAUGACCUCGAUAAUGUGGGUAACAUUCGUUGCAUCUCAUGCGAGGCUAUAUUCCCUUGUCCACCGACUGAAGUCGCUGCCACACAAAAUAUCAGCCUGACAAAGGAUCAACUGUUUGGUCCAAACCUAUCUCUCGCUCGGAACGAUGCCUCAACGAUUGAUCUCAAUGUGGACGGGCUUCGAGAGAUCGCCGCUGAAUACAUCGGCCAGCAAGGCUAUACUCCCAUGUAG